CCCCCACCGAAGUAGAUACACACUCAAUUUUAGAUAAAACUACCGCUCCCAGCUUGUCCAGCUUGCAUAACUUAACGUGAGAGUAUGUCGCAGCCCGAGAAACUAUACGUUUGUGAGCACCGGCUCUGCCAAGAUGAUCAAUAUCUCCGCGGUCUCAAUGAAGUAAUUGAGCACCUCCGUAAGAAACAUAAGCUAUCAUUUAUAAGACGGCCACAUAGGCCGGGGGAUCCAGACAGUCACAGGCAUGUUUGGUAUUGCUUCGAUUGCGGGACUAAGACGGGCAAAGACCACAAAAGUUUUCGAUCUGGUGGAGAUAUGUGGAAACAUCUCAAUCGCUGUCACAACUACGAUUAUGAGCUCGAUAAAAUCAAACUUGAGCUAUGAGAAUGGUAGGGUAGAUUUGAUAUCGGAGGUGUCAUUCGACUCCCUGUGCAAGGGCCUUGGGAUAUCUUCUUCGGUGGACAGGUUGCAGGAAAUUGGUGGUGAAGGUAUGCAUAGGGCUUCGGAACCCGACUUGCAAAUUCUAUCAACUUCUCGAAUACUAUACUUCGCGGUCUUCUGCUACUGAGUGUCUUCUCGCGCUGUUGGACAUCACGUGGAGCGAGGCAAUUGAAUCUGCGACUGGGACACGACGACAAUUAUGGAUAGGAUAGGAUAGGAUUCUUUGCUAUUUCAAACUAUAUUAUGGAAAUUUUGAAUUUAAUCGAUAUAUUUGGGGC